CGGAGCGUGGCAUGUCCCUUCAAAAUCCCGAAACUGCGUCAUUAUCCAAUUUCUCGACGGCGUCGAAAGCAAAUCGCUCUCUCUCUCUCUCUGAGCUCAGCUGGAAUCUCCUUGAACUCUAUUUGCGACCACUGGGUUGUUCUUCUGUCUCACUUGUUUGAGGGCUAUGCUGUUAAAUCCUAAAGAUUUUAAUCUUGAUUGCAAUCAAGAUGAAUGUGGUAGGAAAAGUGGGGAGCUUGAUCUCCCAGGGUGUUUACUCCUUUGCUACGCCUUUCCAUCCGUUUGGAGGAGCUGUUGACAUUAUAGUUGUGGAGCAAGAAGAUGGGACUUACCGAAGUACACCGUGGUAUGUGCGUUUUGGGAAGUUUCAAGGUAUCAUUAAAGGUGCGGAAAAGCUCGUUACUAUUAGUGUCAAUGGUGUUGAUGCUGAUUUCCACAUGUACCUUGAUCACUCUGGCCAGGCCUAUUUCAUGAGGGAAGUAGAAGGAAGUGAUUCAUUAUCCAGCAGUCUUGCUUCGGUUGAGGGCAGCCCUCAUAAAUCAAGUCAAGAUGAUACUACUUGUAAUAAUGCGCAAGUUCGUGAAUCUGUUUAUGAGGAACAUAGGGAAGGAGAGGGGAAUGAUGAGAAUUCAUAUAUGUUCCCAGAAGCGCAUUCUUCACCAGCACGUUCGUCCUGCUCUCCUGGGUUCAGUCCUUACAGUUAUGGGAACUUGGAGGAUGUGGAAGAGAUAGUGAAAUCUUCUAAUGAUUCUAGUUCAGAGAUGGUGCUUAUCAGUGUCGAUGGACAUGUUCUCACUGCCCCAAUCUCCUCGAAUGAAGAAGAGAGUGCAGAUUUUGUGCAGUCGACUAACCCACAGUUUCAUCUCGGACCAGGUGAGAGCUCCGGCGAAGAGUUUGGUGCUAUUUUUGGAGAUCUGGAUACAUCUUCAUUGAACGAUACAAAUACCUCUGAGCAUCCAUCCGAAGGCCCUAAGGAUGCUAAAGAGGAUUCCAUCUGUAUGGAUGAGGCUCAUGCAAAUGCUCAUCUUGAAAUAAGUAAUGGUGAGAAUACUAGUGUAGGUGCUUCUGCUUCGCUGGAAGAGGUUUGCAAAAUAAGUCAUGGUGAGAUGGAUACCAGUCCAAAGGAUAUUGAUGUACUUAGGAGUGACAGUGAUCGGUUUAAGAGUUGUUUGGAUUUGGUAUCACAUGCCCACGAGGGUGAUUUACAUGAAAUGUGUUCAGGUCCAGAAGGCAACCUUAAACAUUCAUCAGAGGUUUCUUCUUUCAGUGAAACUAUGCUACAGGAAAAUGCAGCGAGGGACAACUGGAGAUGCAAAUCUGAUGCCUUGCAAUGUGUACACACAAGGGUGGAAUUCUCAGAAAAAAGUAUGUCUGCUGAUCUCAAUCAGGAAGAUGUCAUGAUGCCAUCGGGUAUGAGCGUUAAUCCUGAUAUACAUUCCUCUGAGAAGUCACCAGCUGCAGAAAAUGUGAAUGAUUCCUCGGCAAAGGACUUAACUAAUGAAAAUAUGAUACAGGCCAAUUCUUCCAAUUCUGUAGGUGCCUCUAUAGAAUUGACAUCUGGGAGGUCUGAUGUUGAAGGAGAAUCCAAUGAUCUUAGGGGAGAAAGUAGUAUGUCUGGUUUGGGUUUUGAGCUCUCACUUUGUGGCAAUUUAUUGUUCCCUGGUAUGGGAAGGACCUCCGCUGAGGAAGUCUUUGAAGCCCAUCGUAUCUCUGAGGAGGAGUUCAAAGCAUGUGGACCAUCCAUCAUUAAGAAUGGGAACCUCAUAGUUCGAUACAAGGAGAGUUAUUUUCCAUGGGAUAGAGCUGCCUAUAUAGUUCUUGGGAAAGCUACCUUUGGUUCAGAUUUUUUUGAUGUACCACAUGAUUCAAUCCCUGUUGAACAUGUGGGAACAACAAAUGGGAAAGAGGAUGGCGCCUAUGCAAACUCACCUUCCAGCCGGAGAUGGAGACUAUGGCCUAUUUCGUUUAGGAGGGCUUCUUCUCUUAAUAGUAAUAAUUCAAGUGAAGAAUUCUUUGUUGAUUCUGAAUGUGCCUUACAAAGUCCACAUAUUGAACAAAACUCAAAUAUUAAUUCUCCAAGCAAGCAGUUGUUGCGCACAAAUAUUCCAACAACUGAGCAAAUUGCAUCUUUGAAUCUGGAGGAUGGUCAGAACGUCAUAGCCUUCCGUUUUUUCUCAAGAGUUCUGGGAAAGCAAGAGGUAGAUGCACACAUAUACUUGUGGAAAUGGAAUGCUCGGAUAGUCAUAUCUGAUGUUGAUGGGACAAUUACCAAAUCUGACGUGCUAGGCCAAGUCAUGCCUCUCGUUGGAAAAGAUUGGACUCAAUCAGGUGUUGCAGGACUCUUUUCUGCAAUAAAGGAAAAUGGCUAUCAAUUAUUGUUUCUAAGUGCCCGAGCUAUUGUCCAAGCAUAUCUUACAAGAAGCUUUCUCCUCAAUCUGAAGCAGGAUGGAAAAGCGCUGCCUAGCGGGCCUGUUGUUAUUUCCCCAGAUGGAUUGUUUCCUUCGCUAUUCAGAGAAGUUAUACGCAGAGCACCCCACGAGUUCAAAAUUGCAUGCUUGGAGGAUAUCAAAGCACUUUUCCCUUCUGAUUAUAACCCAUUUUAUGCGGGCUUUGGGAAUCGAGAUACCGACGAGCUUAGCUAUAGGAAGAUUGGAAUCCCUAAAGGGAAAAUAUUUAUAAUCAACCCCAAGGGUGAAGUCGCGAUUAACCACUGCGUUGGCGUGAAAUCAUAUACGAACUUGCAUACAUUGGUCAAUGACAUGUUUCCACCCACAUCAAUGGUUGAGCAGGAGGAUUUCAACGCUUGGAAUUACUGGAAGAUGCCAUUGCCAGACAUCGACUGAUUGCUACAGUAUCAUGGGAAUAAUACUGAUGACAAGUUGUGAUAUCCUCUGGUGUAACAUUAUUCAUUAACGAGCAAUAACGCCAUCCUACUUGCACAUGCCUUGGAGGCGAUCAAGUGUAUACUAAAUUCAUUUUGUCUGAUUCAAGGGACCUCUCUUUCCAUUUGUAAAUUAUCUAUCAAGAGAAAUGGUUUUUCUAUUUUAAAUUUUUUUUUAUUUUAUAAAUCGAGAUUUUAUUCUGUCAAUGAAGCAACGUAGUUAGAUGUAUAAUAAAGGUUCUCCUUCUCGUUGUUAA